AUGCCACACCAACACCUACAUACACCCACCAUAUACUUGCCAAAGAUUGCAGCACUGCACUUUGCUGUCCCUAGCCCAGACCCGUCCGGUAACCCAACCACCACUGUCCAGAAACAGGUUGACCCAUGCAACCUGUUCAUCAAAGGCUUCAGCCUAGAUAUUGAGUCCGGCAACCUGUUCCAUGCCUUCAAACAGUUCGGCACUAUUCUCUCUGCGUGGGUGACGAAGAACAAGGCAACAGGGGUCUUCAAGCAGUUUGGCUUUGUCAGCUUCACCACCAAGGAGGCCACCUUGAAUGCGCUUGAAGCCAUGGAUGGUGUUGCCCUCAGCCAAUCUGCUAACCGGAUCGUUGUCCUGCUACUCGAACUCACGAAGGUAACGGACAGAAGACCGGCUUAA